GCACCGGACUGUACCGGUGAACAUUCGACCGGAGCAUUUUGUAGCCGCCAACACAUCCAGCACUCGCCUAACACGCAACGAUAAUAUAACACGUACGCGGUGGCGCCGAGUCUUCUCCGAUUCGUUAUUAUAAUAAUAUUAAACUGGCCAUCCGUCUUUUGGUCUGACCGCCGUUUUUCGAGUUUACUGUGACUUUUGCGAAUUUUGUUUUUCGUUCACUCGUUCGCCGCAGAGCCGUACCUACACACCGUCGACGAAUCCCAAACCAAUCAGAUUUCUAAGUCGUCGAAAUAAACAAAAUAUACACAAUGAACAAAUUAUUAUCAAUUGUCGUCUUGUUGGCUGUAGCUGUUUGUUCGUGUCAUGGCAUCUCAGAUCGUAGGAGCAUUAGAACAGCAGCAUCUGAGGUUUCUGCCGACAUCGACCCGAUCACCGCUGACGCCAUCGUACCACGAGAUUCAGCACCCGCAGAGACUGUCGAUGUGUUUAGUACAGCCAGGGGCAAGAAGGGCGGCAACAAGCACAAGAUGGAGGCCAUGCACAUGGGCUUGAGCUACGUGAAAAUGGUGCUUAGCACGCUGAUGGCGGCCAUCGGACAUGUGUUCGCGUUCAAGAGCGUCGGGCUGAGCCUGAUCAGCGUGCUCAUCCAGAUCGCACAGUUCAUCAUGGUGCUGAAGAAGAACCGGGAGAGCCAGCCGCCGUCGUACAAGAUCGUCGAGACCCCAUGGCACACGUCGCCCACCGAGUCGUACGGCGUUUACGGUUCGUACGCCGGCCACGCCAAGUCAUCAGGCGCGGUCAACUACUCGCCGUACGCCGCGCCGCAGGUCAAGAGACGCCGGUGAUGACGACGAUGAUGAUGGAAGGAUGUCCGGUCCGCCGAAACCGGCAGGAUGACAUUGAUUACGUACCUAUUACUAUAGCAAAUAAUAACAAACAAAAUGCCACCCGCUGUCGCGGAGGUAUUAUACGUCAUACCGUGGAACAUAACAUUUCGGCCAUUUUUAAUUAUUAUUAUCAUCAUCAUUACUUAUUUAUUAUUAUAUAUUUAUUUUAUUUAUUUAUCAUGACAUGUGUGUACGUGCGUGUAUGUUACUCGCUUACAUACGAAUAUAUACCUAUAUUAUUAUUAUUAUUAUUAUUAUUAUUAUUAUUACCUAUUUAUUAUGAUUCGUUUCGCGUCGUCGUCAGCAGCUAUAGCGCCGCCGAAGUUGACCGCGCACGACCGCGCAUAAUAUAUUAUUGUUAUAUAAUAUAAUUGUAUCUUUGUUAUGACUUA